UCCCGGGGGUAUAAAUGAUCCUCCGGAUUCAGUUCUCACUCAGAGACUCUCCCAGGCAGGUCUUGUUCUGGAAGCUGUAUCCGCAGGUCACACAAUGAAGCUGUACGUGCCCCUCCUGGUCAUGUCACUGGGGGUAGUUCUCAUCAGCGCAUGCACCAAUGAAUGCACAAUUAAUGACAUCUUAUCUGACCACAAGCUCAUGAACUCUCUGGCUGUGAAGGUUGCGGAGAACACCAGGAUCAUGUGCACGGACGUCAAACAGAGCGGGAGUUUUGCGACGUGUCCUGGAGGUUUCACCCCCACCGGCUGCGCAUGCGGGAUGGCCUGUGGGUCGUGGGAUAUCCAGUCCCAAACUACGUGUCACUGUCAAUGUCGCAUCAUGGACUGGACCACAGCUCGAUGCUGCAAGGUGGCCGCAAAGUGGUGAUACGAAUAGACAGAGGAGACGCUCGCGUUGCGUACCUCGGCUUCCGAGUAUUGAUUAUAAUAAUAAUAAUGAAUAAUAAAAGUGCUGACUUAUAACGCA